GCAGCCCCCACGGCAGCCCCCGCUGCAGCCCCCGCGUGGGGCCCAAGCCGCGUCCUCAGGACGGUGCCGGGGGGUGGGGGGGGAGGUGAGGGCCGCCGGGGGGGGGGGGGGGUGGGCAGCACAGAGCAGCCUCGCACCGCUGGGGUAAAAUUCGUCACCCGCCUGUUCAAAGCCGGCUGCCCUCGGCCCCCCCCGGCCUUUGAAGUGCUGCCGAUGCCGGCCACGAAGGUGCCACUUCACACCUCCGGCCCCGCAUAAAGCCGGGGCGGCCGCGGGACGCCGGCACAGAGCCCCCACAGCCAUGGCCCGCUCGGCAGCCCCCGGCCUCCCGCUCCCCGCCACGGCCCUGCUGCAGGACUGGGGCCGCCGCGCACCCCCGGACCCCGAGGGCUACAGCAGCAGCUCGCCCGCAGCCUCGCCCGACUCCUGCGGCCUCUCGUCCCCCGCCGCCGCCCGGGGGCCCUGCCGCGGCCCCGCCGCCCCCCGCCUGCGGGGCGGCCCCGGGGGCAGGAAGGGGGCCCGGGGCUCGGGGGGCCCGCGGCAGAGCGCCAGCGAGCGGGAGAAGCUGCGGAUGCGGCGGCUGGCGCAGGCUCUGCUGCGGCUGCGGCACUACCUGCCGCCUGCGCUGGCACCCGCGGGGCAGAGCCUGACCAAGAUCGAGACCCUGCGCCUCGCCAUCCGCUACAUCGCCCACCUCUCGGCCCUGCUGGGGCUCAGCGAGGAGGCGCUGGCCCGGCGGCGGGGGGCGGCCCCCCGGCACUGCCCCCUCUGCCCCCAGGGCCUGGGGUGCUGCCAGCCCCCGGAGCCCCGCCUGCGCCCGCCGCCCCCGCGGGAUGCUUCGCCCCCUGGCACUGUGGGCUGGGGGUCACCUCCCGUGGCGGGGACCCCCCCGGAGCUGCACGGGGUUGCUGGAACGGGGACAGGGGGCUGGGGGUCACCCCGCUAUGGCCCCGCUGCGGGGACCCCCCCAGAGGUGCUUGGGGCUCCCGACGUGGGGACGGGGGCCUGGGAGUCGCCUCCCUACAUCCCUGCAGCGGGGACCCCCCCGGAGCUGCACGGGGCUGUCGUCUCCAACGCGUCCUCCUGGCUGUCCCCCCCUCACUGCGCAGGGGCAGGGGCCCCCCCGGACCUCCCCGGCGACCCCCUCCUGGACGCGGGGCUGAUGCUGCCGGAGUUCGUGGAUGCAGGGACGGUCACCCAGGAACUCUCCGCGGACCUGCUCUCUCUCUUGGAGGCUCUGCUCCCGCCGCAGCCCCAGGACUGACCCGGACCAGCCCCCGCUGCCCGGCGGCCCCACCACGCACCGUCCGGACGCCGCAGCUCGGGGGACGCGUGUGUCCCCUCGGACGGCUGGGAGGAGGGAGGAGGGACGAGCCGCCCCUUGUGUGAGCCUGGAGCUGAGCUGGACGUGCUGGGGCGGCUGCGACUGUACAUAAAUAAACCCUUGCG